GUUAAGACGGUUUACGUAAAUUUUGGGAGUGGUCUUCGAGUACGAAUCAAACUCGCGCAGGUGGAUGCUGACGGGCAAAGUUUGCCCAUCGUGGGCGAUAACCAUUCAAUUCUAAGCCACACCCUUAAUCUGCUCAAAAGGGGCAUGCGUGGCUUUCAAGAUAUUAUCCCAUCAAAAAAACAAAAAAUGGCGAUAAGUACCUGCGUUCUCCCCCUGACUUUGGAAAAGGGGGGCGCGUUGUAUAGCUGUAUAUCUCUCGAUUGAUCGUUGUGGUGAGGGAAAAUGAGCGCAUCGUAAGGGAUUACAUCUCACAGCCGCCCCGUUCAAUUCAAAUCGGUAAUUGGAUUACUCUUUGGGCUGCGUGCUCCACCAUUCACCCCUUCGCACGCUCCUCAAGUGAGGGCUCCCUUGGACACAGCCCAUUAAGGUGUGUUCUAUCUAAAAGUUUGUUUAUCUUUUCGAGCGCGCAUCCGCGCCACGAGAUCCUUCAUCUUUCAGCAUGCCCUUCCGUCGAAUAAACGGUGAACUGCCCGCCAAUACGCGCGAUAAUCUCUAGCAGAAUCAUGCCAACUUCCAGAUUAAACUAGUAGAGCAAGACUUGGCACACAACACAACCAAAACGAUUCAACUUCGUAUGUCGGAAUCGAGUAGAUGUUUUGUCUCCUACCAGGAAUUUUUCUUUCUCAUUUGAUCAUACAUCGAUGCGUAUUCGAUUAACCUCAUUCUUCCCUUUCCUUUCUCCCCUUGUGAACUUCACAUCGUCUGCAGUUUUCCCUUUUCCCCUCGUACAGUAUACCCAAGGCAUUGAAUAAGUAGGAUUUGCCCACUUAAAUUACUAAUCAUCAUCAUCAUCAUCAUAGUAGAAAUCCAUCGUCGAAGUCACGUGUUACGUUAGGCGGAAAUCUACGGAUAUCGAUAUAUAUUGAUAGAUUUUAGGAUUCAAACGCACACUCACCGCAUCCAUGAACACGAUGAAAGCCCCUGACGACGGGAGUCGGGGUGUGGCGAUGCAGCGCAGACUACAGAUCCUCUACCGCAACUACCUCGACGCGAGUGUUCCGCAUCGUAGCCUGCGCUGGUCGAUCUUCGGUUUCCUAUGUUUUCUGUAUCUGAUUCGCGUGUUAUCGUAUGGUGGGUUUUACGUCAUCACCUACGCGUUAGGGAUUCACAUGCUGUAUCUGUUGUUGAUGCUCGUGACCCCCCUUUCGGAUCCAGAGGAGCUCGCGACGGAUGAAGCGCAGCUCCCCACGCGCGAGGCGGAUGGCGAAUUCAAGCCGUUUGUUCCCAAAGUUCAGGAGUUUGUCGUGUGGAAGAGCAUGAUGAAGGUGUUGUUAGUUUGCCUCGUGUUGGUGAUGUUUCCGUUUUUAGACAUCCCGGUUUACUGGCCGAUUUUGCUCAUCUACUUUGUCGUGCUCUGCAUCACCCAGAUGGGUGGUCGGAUUAAGCAUAUGGUUCGUUAUAAGUACGUGCCGUGGAAUGCAGGUAAACCCAAGUACGUUCCUAAGAAGAGUAACGUCUGAUGAAAUACAUUUUCCCCUUCCCCGUCCUCCUCCCCCCCCUCCCCCCACUCUCUCUUCUCCAGGGUACCUUGUGGAGAACUUGGUGAAGUUUUUUUUUUUGAAAAGCAAAAAAAGAUGAAAAUAAAUAACAAAUUGAUUGCUCUCCUUGGCGAUGGAGAACCAGAGAUAGAUAGUUGGGUGAUGCAACACAUCUGAUAUUUUUUUCUCCUUAUGUGUUGAUUUUGAAAUAUUGUUUAAGAUUUUCGACUGAAAAUUAAUAGGGGGUGUUUGGUGACCUUCUUAUACAUUUCUGAGAUUAUUAUAUUCCACACACGUCCGAAUGAGUUGCGAAUCGAGCUUGAGGAAAAGUGGUAAGAGUCCUAAUAUUUUCAUAGAUGUGAAUUUCCAUCAUUGUUGAAGGAUAUGUAGGCAGAAUCUAUU